AUGCAUCGGUUCCUUCGCCGCACGCGCUCCGGUGGCGACCUCGACUCGCCGGCGAACAACCCCUUCGCCCCCUUCCCUCUGGCCGCAGCUCCUCCUCCUGCGCCCUUGGCGACCCCUCCUCCACCGGCCGCGCCCCGCGCGGCGCGCCUCGCCCCCGACGUCCUCCGCGGCAAACAGGCCGUCCCCGAGGCCGCCCCUCCUUCCCCGACUCCGGCGGCUGCACCACCCGCGGCGACCGCCGCGGCUGCUCUCCGCACUGCGGGGAGCGUCCCCGCCCAGCCGCUCGCGCCCGGCGGCUCCGGCAGCGCCCUGGCUCUCCGUCCCGACGUGCCCGACGUCGGCUCCUCCACCGCUGUGACCGGCCUGCCGCCCUCCAUCAACCACUUCUUCCACCACCGGCUCGAGCUCGAAUCGGCCGGCCGCGCGGUGAUCCUCGGCGCAGAAUUCCGCAACCUCGUCCAGGGGGAUCUCUCCAUCGCCGAGUACUGUCGGCGUCUCAAGUCCCUCGCCACGGACCUCGGUGACGUCGGCGAGCGCAUCACCGACCGCACGCUGACCCUUCAGCUCAUCCGCGGCCUCAACAGCAAGUUCUGGAUCAUGGCGACUCUGCUUCCCAUGCAGACGCCCUUCCCGACGUUCGUGCAGGCCCGCUCCCGGCUGCUGAUGGAGGAAAUCUCCGCCACCGAACGCGCUCGCCUCGACGGCCGCCCGGAGGCCACCGCCCUCACCAUCGGCUCCGGCUCGGGUUCCUCGGGAUCCUCGGGCACCUCCACCGACCGGGGCAAAGGCGCCACUCCUCCCGCCACCGAUCGCGACACCGGCGGCCGCGGGCGUGGCCGCGGGCGCGGUCGUGGCCGCGGACGCGGCUCUUCUUCCCCUGGCGGUGCCCCGUCCGGGCGCGGCGUGCCUGCACCCGCUCCCGUCGCCAACGUGCCGCUCCACGGUUACUUCGCCCCGUACGGCGCUCUUCUUCACGGCCUGCCCCAACCUCGCGCGCCCUGGGCCGCGCCGAACGCCGCGGGCGUCUUGGGCCCUCGUCCACCGCCACCCCAGCAGGCCUACCCGGCGGUGCACGCGCCAUCGUCUGCCGGCCCGACGUGGGAGCAAUACCAUCAGCUGUACGCGGCUCUGCAGAACCUGUCGACGCAGCAGCACGCCGGCGGCAGUCAGGACUGGAUUCUUGACACCGGCGCCUCUUCCCACGUGACUGGUAUGGCCGACUCCCUCUCUCAGUGUUUUUCUCCAUCUUUGCGUCAUUCUUCGGGCAUCUUAGUUGGUAACGGUUCUCGCUUACCCGUGACGGCCGUCGGCUCCACCAAACUAUCUUCCUUCUCUCUCAACGAUGUACUUGUCUCCCCUACUGUCAUCCAAAACCUCAUCUCUGUACGUCGCUUUACCAUUGACAAUUCAUGCAGUAUUGAGUUUGACCCGUUUGGUUUUACCGUGAAGGACCUAGCUACCUGCAAGAUCAUCAUGAGGUCCAAUAGCCAUGGAGACCUCUAUCCAUUCUUCACCAACUCCGGCGUGCAAGCUCUUCUCACGGUGGUGGGCAGCGACGUGUGGCACCGGCGCUUGGGGCAUCCUAGUGACAAGACCAUCUCCACUUUAGCUCGUUUUUUUCUUCCAACAUCUUUUCGGGGUUCCAAUAUUACCUUGUGA